AUGUUUGGCCCUCGCGGCCGAGGAGGGCCCCCACGGUCCACUCCAGCCAAUGUUCAGUGCCAAAAGUGCCUGAAACGAGAUAUGCAUCACUCCCUCCUUGAUGUCGGAACAAUAUCUCAGCAGUUGCGCAACCCCAAGCUCGUGCCGAAACUGGCCAACACCAGCCUGGAACCAGUCGAGGCAAAGAAGGGCGUCGCAGAUGAAGAACUCGCCAAGAGGGAAGCGGAGCGGGCCAAGCAGCGGGGCCAAGAUCAAGACGAGGGCGAGGAUGAGGUUCCGAGAGCGACAUCGAAGCGGCCACGGUCCCUUUCCGCAAACUCCAUCUCAACAAUCUCAACCGACAAUUCUGGGGACCGAAUGCGAAAUCGAAAUCGCAGCAGGUCUGCGGAGCCACGCAAGCGCAAGCGCAGUCCAGGGUCUCCGAACGCCGAGGGCGGCCGCCGAGGCAACGGCAGCCGCAGCAGCCAUAGCCGGAGCCCAUCUCCACCGCAAAGGCGCGGUCGUGCGAGGUCGCGAGACAGCCAUUCCCCCGUGCCCGAGCGUACUGAACGACUGUAUCGGUCCCGCGACCACCGUGUGCGAAAUCGAGAUGCCCCGCCGGAGCUGAAAGGAAAUUCUGCCAUGACGAGAGAUGGCCGAGAGCCGCCUGCGCGCCGGCCAUACUACUCAAGAUCGCCGGAGCGGGGAUCGCGGCGACAGGAAAGAAAGGAAAAUCGGCUUGCUCCGGCGGCUGGCGAGGACCGGGAACGGCACGGUGGCCGUUCUGGUGUGAUGCAAGCAGAUCAACGAUCGAGGGAACGCAGCCUGAGCCCCUUCAGCAAGCGGCUGGCCUUGACCCGAGAGUUGAAAGGCGACGCGAGGUAA